GUGUCGCAGGGUUCUAUCCUAGGACCACUGAUGUUUUUGAUUUUCAUCAAUGAUCUACCACGCCGUCUGAGCUGCCCGACUCUCCUGUACGCUGACGACGUAAAAAUAUGGAGGGCGAUAAAGUGUCCGGAGGACUCAGAUAGGCUACAGGAAGACCUAAACCUUCUGGAAGACUGGGCGGUGGCCAGUGGCAUGACUUUCAACUUGAAAAAGUGCAAAGUAGUGAAGUUGCGCACCUGUAGACUGCAGAAUGCAAGUUACACCCUGUGCAAUGAAAGCUUGUCCUGCACAACGUCGGAACGCGACUUAGGUCUAGUUCUAACGGAAAAAAUGGACACAAGCGUAAAUUACACAGGGGAUGUAGCGAGGGCAUAUGCGGUCAUACACUUUACGCAUAGACAGUUAGGUGCACUCACUCCUGAGCUCUUUCUAAUGUUGUACAAAACAUACGUCAGGCCACACCUUGAGGUGCAUAAUAUUAUUGCACCCCCAAUGCUGAGAAGAGAUGCCAACCUCUUGGAAAGAGUCCAACGACGGGCAACAAAAGGAGUGGUUGGUCUCCGAAACAAACCAUAUGAUGAAAGGCUGAAGAAAUUAGGCCUGUUCACACUUAGUUACCGUCGGCUUAGGGGGGAUUUGAUUACUGCCUACAAAAUAACAAAUGACCAGAAUCACCCAAACAAAGGUGUUCUGCCAUUGAGUAGGUAUAGGCUUCCACGUGGAAAUCCCAGAAGGAUAGCUCACCAGAGGGCAAGGACCCGGGUGCGCUCCCACUUCUUUUCACUGCGGGUUUGUCGUCCCUGGAAUUCCUUACCGGCAGAUGUAGCUAUGGCACCGUCUUUGGACGCCUUUAAGCGAAGGCUGGACAACCAUGCAGCGAUACAAGGACUGCAUCCAAAUGGCCUAUCUCCUUAAAAUCGCAUUUACCAAUCAGGGUAGAUAAUUAAACUCGUCAUUUUACUUCUUUACAUUCUCUCCCGUCUUACUCUCCUGACAACUUAUUAAUAUUAUAAUUACUAUUACCGAUA